AUGGCACGUGACUGGAAACGCAUCACAGAUCUCACUGACCAUAAUUUUGAUGUUGAAAAUGAGACUUUCAAACUAAGAAACAUUAUGGAAGCACCGUUGUUGAAGUACAAAGAAGAAAUAGAGGAUAUCUGCAUCAGUGCAGGGAAGGAGAGGGAUAUUGAACAGAAGCUGAAACAAGUGAUUGCCGAGUGGGACAACAAAACAUUUACCUUUGCCAACUUUAAAACCCGCGGGGAGCUGCUCUUGAGAGGAGACAGCACUUCUGAAACUAUUGCAAGCGUGGAGGACAGCUUGAUGAUUCUGGGUUCUCUAAUGAGCAACAGGUACAAUACCCCAUUCAAGACUCAAAUACAAAAGUGGGUACAGUACUUGUCUAACACAACUGAUAUUAUAGAGAAUUGGCUGACAGUGCAAAAUCUGUGGAUAUACUUAGAGGCUGUUUUUGUUGGUGGAGACAUUGCAAAACAACUUCCUAAGGAAGCCAAGCGUUUCUCUAACAUUGACAAAUCAUGGGUGAAGUUCAUGACCCAAACCCAUGAAAUACCAAAUGUGGUCCAGUGCUGUGUUGGAGAUGAAACUAUGGAACAACUGCUGUCCCAUUUGUUGGAACAGCUGGAAAUCUGUCAAAAAUCUCUUACAGGGUAA